CGACUCUCACACCACUCUCCCGGUCGCUCUUGGCUUUUACAACUUUCUUUGUCUCUCGUUCUGCAGUCACUCCUUCAAGUUUUCUUUACAGUGCUUGGCGGCACAUUCUCGUCGUCAACCUUUCGACGUUCCCUUUAUCUGAACGGCGCAGAGUGCGGCAGCCGGGGCAGAAAGCGAAACCAGAGCGGAGCAAUGGCGCGGCGGCAGCAUCUUGCGCUGGGCCUAGUGACUGUCAUGCUCUUCCUGGGGCUGACAUAUUUCAUGUCAUUCGGCAAGUCGAGCGAUCAGUACAACACAAUGAGGAUAUCCGAGGACACCUUGAAAAGCCAAACCGAGCACGGCAGCCUCACCAGCAGCGACGACAGCAGCAGCAGCAGCAGCAGCAGCAGUUUCGCCUCAGGCAUCUCCGACAGCAUCCUCCAAGGCGGCUCGAUUGCGCCCAAGCUCGAGAACGCCACAGCAAAAGCCGAACUAGGCCGCGCCUCCUGGAAGCUCUUCCACACCAUGAUGGCGCGUUUCCCCGAGCAGCCGACAGCCGACGACAGCCUCGCGCUCAAGACGUACAUCCAGCUGUUUGCGCGGCUAUACCCCUGCGGCGACUGCGCCUCGCACUUCCAGAAGCUGCUCAAGAAGUACCCGCCGCAGACGGGCAGCCGCAACGCCGCGGCGGGCUGGGCGUGCUUCGUGCACAACGAGGUCAACAAGAGGCUACGCAAGCCCGAGUUUGACUGUAAUAAGAUUGGGGACUUUUAUGAUUGUGGCUGUGGCGAGGAGGACCAUAAGGAUAAGGCGGAGGGGAGGAAGAAGGACGGGGAGAAGGGGGAGAAAGGGGAAGAGCUGAAAGGUCGGGAGAAGGCCGAGGGGAAGGGGGAGGAAUUGCAGGGGCGAGAGAGCGUUACGCUGGAGAAGGAGGAGGGGUUGAGGAGGGGUGGGUGAGGGCUUCUGUUGUGGGUGAAGCAGGAGUUAACGGCGUUCUUGGGUAUCCGGUGGGUUGAUUCUUAUUGUGCGGUUUUGCUUGCUCGCAUGGGAAAUAUGAUGCCGUUUGGAGACCAAAUAGAGAGGGGGCCACUUAUUGGAGAGGUAGAAGGAACCUCAGAGCAGGGACAGACACAACAUGAUUGAAUUCCUGCGCCAGGCCAUGGCAUGAGGGGCGGUUUUCUGGAUUCUCUCUUGCUCCGGAGAUUCACUACCUUAGAGUCUGACUAUGCUGCAGCAGUUAUAACGUAUAGCAUAUCAUGCCCGGGUUUGGAAGUCAUUAGACCUGGUUAGCGCUCUGGAUUCAUAAUGAAAAUGGUCUCAAAUCAC